AUGCAUUUCUCGUCAUCCCUCAUUGUACUCGGUGCUGCGUUUCUAUUUGGCGUGAUGGCUGACAGAAAACCACUAACCCCACGCGACGGUGGUUUUCACUCUGACCCACACAUCCAGUCUCGAAUCGAGGACUAUUUCAAUAUGAUCGGUGAUGAUAACGCCAACAAAAUCAGGAAGACAUGUUAUUCACAAUGCGAACAAGAGACCGAAGGCUAUGAUCAUUGUUACUUGAUGUGCAUAUCAACUGAGGCGCGUAACAUAGGUGUAGACCCACCCCCGUUUUGA